UGUGGCGUGGAGCAAUACAGUGGUCAUCGAAUGCGGAGGCUACCUCGACACCCGGAACUGGCACAUCGAUGGCUGCAGGCAAUCGAAAUCGGCUGUCAGCAGCAAAACAUUCCAUGGGUUCGUGAGAACUGUAUUGAAGCGGAGAUUUGCGACGAUCACUUCGAUGAAGACAAUCCUCUAUGCCCUUCCGGAGGGUAUCUUGAACCUUCACGGUUUUACAACAGUACCGACCUGUGGCAUGGAGCAGUCCAGUGGUCAUCGAAUGCGGAGGCUACCUCGACACCCGGAACUGGCACAUCGAUGGCUGCAGGCAAUCGAAAUCGGCUGUCAGCAGCAAAACAUUCCAUGGGUUCGUGAGAACUGGAUUUCAGCGGAGAUUUGCGACGAUCACUUCGAUGAAGACAAUCCUCUAUGCCCUUCCGGAGGGUAUCUUGAACCUUCACGGUUUUACAACAGUUCAGGGGAAGCCUUAUCUGUAACGUCAUGCCGACUUUGCUUACAAUUUUACCAGCAUAAUGAAGUCACAGAUUAUACGGAUUAUAUGACACUACGUUCUCCUGAAUUGUUCAGUUUGAGGUCAAUUAACAAAUUAAUUGCCCCUAGUAAGAACCUCUCCAAAUUUAUUUGUUUGGAGUGUGUUGCCAAACUUGAUAUACUAGAAUCUGUUCUUCUAUUUUUCGAUCAUUCUUAUAAGUAUUUUGAAUCUCUGGAAGCAUCCCUUAACUUGAUGAAUCACGACAGGAACUUAAAAUCUGAGAAUGGAAAUGGCCUUACUGCAGGCUCGCUUGUAGAAGAAGACAGACAAUUAGAGCUGGAAUUAAGUGAAGUGAUGAUUAAAGGUGAAAUUCCAGAUGAUGAAACAAACAACUUUCUUCAGAAAACAGGAAUUGCAAUGGAUGCAACAAUCAUCAAAACUGAAGGUUCACAAUCUGUAGAAUCGGCCUCUAGAUUUAAAAACUACGGAUACUCAGUUGAAAAUAACCCAAAAGAAACAGAAUCGUUUAGCUGCUCGGAAUGUGAUCAAUGUUUCGCCACAAAAUAUAACCUAAAACGGCACAGAUGGUUCAUACAUUCAGCGUCAAAGAAACCCAGUCGACUGUUGAUGUUUGAAUGUGAAUUAUGCAAAACUAAGCAUAUGAGGCUAUCCGAGUUAGAUAGUCAUAUAAAGCACGAUCACGGUGGAGAAGAAUAUCCGUAUUUGUCAUGCAAGGAUUGUACGAAGACGUUUUCCUGCCGAACGAAGCUAACUCGUCACAGUUUAUGUCACACAGCCACAGGAAAAAAUCGAUGCGAUAUAUGCAACAAAUUGUUUGUUUCUAGAUACAACAUGCUUUUGCAUAAGAGACAGCAUAAUAACGAACGGAAGUACAAAUGCGAGAUCUGUCACCAAAAAUACACAACGAAAGAAAUACUGAAAUAUCAUCAGAAAACUCAUACCGAGGAGCUGAAUUUCGAAUGUCUAUACUGUGAUAAGAAGUUCACUUUAAAGAGUCGUCUGGAUGAUCAUACUGCUAUGCAUCACAUGGGCCAGAGUUUUAAAUGUGAUAUAUGCAGGAAAUCGUUCAUUACUGAAAAAAGAUUGAAAAUUCAUCGUCAGACCCAUAGGGACGAAUUGCUUGUAGAACAACGUAUCAGCUUCGGAUGCAAUGAAUGUGGCAAAAAAAUUAGCUCAAAUUAUCAAAUGAAAAUACAACAAGCUAAUGUUCAUAGCGAACGUCCUUUCGCUUGUCAAAUCUGCGGAAAACGUUUCGGCAAGAACAACAAUUUACGUACGCACAUGGCGCUGCACAAUAACGAACGGAAAUUCGAGUGUGAUAUUUGUCACAAAACAUUCAAAACAAAAAGGGUGUUGAAAAUCCAUAUCGAACGACACUCGGACGAGCGUAAGUUCGGUUGUAAUAUGUGCGGCAAAGCGUUAAAAACGAAAAGCUGUUUGUUGAGGCACAUUAAAAUACACACGAAUGAACGCAAAUUUGAAUGCGAACAUUGUGGGAAAAAGUUUAAAACAAAGGAUUGUUUGGGAAGUCAUUAUCGAGUAACAUGUGGGCCCAUUGCAGCUUUUCAGCUGUAGAAGUCAGCCAGAGUGACUGGUCGUAAUUGUUUCGCAAUAGAGUUGUUUUUGACAUUUCUUUCGCACACUUGCUGAGCGUGUACAUAUUAGACGAGACAAUUAACCUUAAAAACUCUCAGUACAAAAAACGGGCAACCAGUCGACGCACAUGGUCGUUUUUGAGGUUAAUUGUCCCAAAACUGAAAAGUGUUGGUGAAACAACCAGCAUAAUUUCACGAACAUUACCAGCGGCAAAUAGGACUAUUGGAGAAGUUAGUGUUUAUACUAUUGACUGGUGAUUUAAAAAUAAUACAAUUUCUUAGCUAUUCCGUUAGAAAGAUUUCGAUUUAUUGGAAAGAAACUGUCCUGGCAGAUAUUCCGUUAUUUUUCGUACAGCUUAUAUUACUGGAUUUUUGCAUAUAAUUUGACUUAUUUUGGACCGGGUAUAUAUUUUGUACCACCUUGCAACUAUUUUCCUAUUUUCAAAGGUGAUUAGGGAAACAUGAGAUAUCAAAGGAAGAAAGAAUAUAAGGGUUGAAUAUCACGAAUUUUAAGAAUAAUAUAUGCAAAGAAAAAUUUUUCAUUACAGCGGUUUAACAAUGAAAAUCAUCGGAUUCGGUGCAAUCCUAUUCGGGAUAUUCGACUGCUUCAGCUAUUGCCCACGACGAUUCAGCAGGUUUAGAAACGUUCAACCUUUUGAUGGUAAAUUCGAAAUAUUUAUUGAGUUAUCCAAAACGGGUAAAAUUCGUCUAUUUAGGGAGGCGUAGCUAAUGUAGUAAAACAUAAGCUUUAUUUAUAACGACAAAGCCAAAAACAGAUCACAUUUAUUAGUACCACCUCUCAUCCAACGGGUUCGACACAUUCCUGAAGAAGGCUGGCCAGAAGAUCGGAAACCGAUACCGAACCGUAGCUACCGAAACUACAGCUACAGGAGGCCACCAUCGGACCCUAAUGGAAACUGAUAUUGGAAAAUAACCCCUAAAAACCCCUUCCAUUUCCCUUGUUUAAAGUUUUUUUUUUCUAACUGUUGAGUCGCCGCGACUAUUACGGAACUCUUUCCUACUAACCUAGUGAAACGAAUACACUCGGCACAUUGAAACUUUGUAAAAGUAAAAGGUCUUGAAUAAACUAGUUUUAAAUAAAAAAAAAACAGAUCACACAACAAGAUGAAUGGAC